AAACCGCUUGCCAUAAUCGUCUGACAUAUUAACACUUAUGCGUGGCAUGGCCUAAUUUUCAACCACCCGCAAAACGCGCAAAGAAAACUUAGAACAUCAAGCAUAUCGGAGCACGUGCGUGUUAAACGAGACCAAUAAAUUGUGUUUUCUGCUCAUACGACUUACUGUGGUCGGCUACCUUGCAAAGCACGAGCGGUCUCUCUAAAAUGGAGGAAGUUACGCCUUUGUUAGGACAAGGAAACAAAUGGCGUGAGGGUUAAAAAGCAAAUGCUCACUGUUGUGUCUUCCAUGCGCCCAACACGCACCGCGUCAACUGUACUGUAUGCACGACGCGUUUGGGACAAAGUUAAACUAGCGUUUGCUUGCACAUUGUCCACAUGGAUUUGCGUAAGUGAGAGAUGUACCUGGGAAACAGUGAAUCGGGUUAAGUGGAUGUAUACUGGGGGGGUUGGGUGUGCUGUGCCGAUUGGUCGCUCUCACCAGCACACACACACACACACACACACAUACAGGCAGUCAGUCAGGGCUUGUUUUAACACAAACAAUGUGGGCAAACAAUCAUGUAUUUCAAUAGAAUUCGUGGCCGCUGAAAACGUGCUUAAGAUGCAUUGACGUGGUGCUUCGGGGAAAAGUGACAGUCGAUCAGUUUCAUUCUCGUUUAUUUAUUAAUCUCCAUUUUUGAUGUUGGAGAGAGAAAUGAGUGCAAAUGGGCCUACUGGUACAAAUGCUGCUGGGAUUUUGCAGAUCCGCUUUCACAAAUUGACAAAAAGUAACGCUACAUGCUCGAAUUUGAAGGGCUUUCCGGCGGUUUUGUCGUGACCGAGUCGUAAAUGGACGGAGCCAUGACAACAUGAAUCAGUCCUACAAAGUGGCUGGCAGGGAUGGCUUGGAGUGUCAUGGCGAUCCACAGGAGACCAAGGCACUUGAUAGCCGCAUCAGCUACUGUGGCUACCAAAGCACAAAGCGGCAGGGGGACCAGGGGUCUGCCAUGCAUUUCUUAAACUCUGGCUACAAACUCUCCACAUCGCCGUUCGCGUACAAUCUGAGAGAAUCCACCUCCAACUACAGUCCAUUGAGGAGACUUCAGGACCUGACCACUAUGGUGAACCAUGCCGACAUGAGUUUGCAGGACAAGGACUUUCACAGGCGAAAUAAACUGCUCAUGCACAAUCCCACUGGCGGAGGUGAGUUUGGAAUAGGCCUUUAUCACACGUCCAAUUCGCAAGGAAACACUGACAGGACUACUAUUCAGGAUCUGGACAAAAAUGGUUUCUCACCAGUAAGCUCUGAUAGCUUGGAACAUUUUCCAUCCAUCCCAAAUGGAAUUUUGCAUUUCGAGUCGACCCUGUUUGAUAGUGGGGACAGCAAGGAUAAUGAGGAGGAGGAGCAUGAUAGGGUUGAUGUGGUGGCACCGUUUAAAGACACAUCAAAUAAAUGCCAGAAACGAAAUCUGGCAAACACAAAGGCUCCUAGCAGCCACAGGCUGGACCUAAGUAAAAACAAACAUGGAAGUUUUAACCUUGUUUCUAAAAAUACAGUGAAGUCUGACCCUCCUGGUAGUCCAUCACAUUUGCCUGUCGAGGUCAUGAUGGAGGAUUUUGAUAGUAUGCAUGAUUAUUCAGACAGUGACUGUGAUCUUCCCAGCACUGAGAACAGUGCUUCAAUAUUCAACUCUGGUCUCUCUAAAAGACCAAAUUCACCCAGUGACUCCCAUUCAAAUCCUUCCAACAGCCCAAAGAAGAAGCAGCUCCCAGGUAUAAAGUACUCUGUAGAAGAUGUCGUGUGGGCCAAAUUCAACCGCAGACCUUGGUGGCCCUGUCAUGUAACCACUGAACCACAGAUUGAAGUCCACACCAAAAUGAAAGACCCCAGUCGUCGGCCAUGCCGUCUCUAUUUUGUCAGGAUGUUCGGGGAGAUCAUAGACCAAGCUUGGGUCCCGGCAAAAGCCACUUUUCCUUUUGAAGGAGGUCAUCAGUUUGAAAAACUGCCUGUACUUAGACGGAGAGGAAGACAGAAGGACAAAGAUUACAAAUACACGGUUCCUAAGCGUCUAAUGCCUUCAUGGAAAGCUAGUGUCUUGGAGGCAGAGGCAGCACUGACCAAGCCGUUAAAUAGCGAACCUCCUUUGACUGUAAGUCAGGAUGUGCACAUGCCUAUUACAGAAGACAAGGCACCAAAAAGUCCUGCUUGCCCGACAUCUACUACACAGUUCACAUCAUCAAGCUCACUUUUGUCCAAUGGACUAGAUGCAUCCAUUAAAAAUAAAGGAAAACCUGGCACUGGAAGCAAAAAGAAGGCAACUAAGAAGAACAGCUCAACUGUAAAAUCUCCUGUGAAACUAACUGAAAACUCUUUAUCAUCUAAACCAUCAUCAAACCCUUCAUCAGACAGCUACAAACCUUCCACAGCCGCUGAACGGCACAAACCAGACCCCCUAGAUAGUCCAUAUUCAGAUAUUGACUCUGUCCCGAGGAUUCUUUGCCCCAAACGUUCAGUGGAAUUGCUGCAGGAGGCGGUGGCGAAAGAAUUGAGCACUAAACCUAAGAAAGUACAGCCAAGUAAAAAGAUGAAAAAAGCCAACGUGGACAAGCCGGUGAAGAAAACAGAGGCUGGUUCAAAAUGCACAACAAACAGUAAGCUAAAGAAGUCAAUGCCCAAAGAAAAAACACUUAGGGCUACGAACUCCAGACAGAAGGAAAGCAGUUCCCCGGGGUCCUCAGAUGGGUCUUUUGCCAUGCACUCUCAUUAUUUUCCUGCCAGCAAUGGCUUAAUCUCAAGAGCACUUGCCGCCAGGAGAAAGACCAAGGAGAAAGAUUUAAGUCAGGAGCCAGAAUCUCGUUCACCAUGUGCUGGUGAUGAAAACUUUUUUUACAACAAGUCACCCUCAGAUAGAAAGAGACCACGUAAGACUGUGCAUAAAAUUCUAGACUGCACCGUUGAGGGGGAUUCUGUAAAGAUCCCAAAAAAAGAGGAGAGUAAACAAGAUAUCAGCCCAGAUGAAUCAGAUGUCAAAGAUAUUCAGUCUGACGGAGCUAAUGACUUUAUAAUCACUGGACAGACCCGCGGUGUGCACACAUGUUUUGUGUGUAAAACUCCUGAUAAGGAGGUCAGGAGGUGUAUGAUCCCUGUGUGUGGGAAGUUUUAUCACAUGGAAUGUAUACUGAAAUAUUCCCCCACCGUCACUCAGAACCGCGGCUUCCGCUGCUCCCUCCAUGUCUGUCUGGCCUGCUACAUCACCAACCCCGCCAACCCUGGUAUUUCCAAAGGCCGUUUGACACGCUGCGUCCGCUGCCCUGUGGCCUACCAUGCCAAUGACUACUGUAUGGCUGCCGGCAGUGUCCCAUUGGCCAAUAACAGCUUCCUGUGCCCCAACCACUUCAUUCCACGCAAAGGGUGCAAAAACCAUGAACAUAUUAACGUCAGCUGGUGUUUUGUGUGUUCUGAAGGAGGAAGUCUGCUUUGCUGUGAAUCUUGCCCUGCUGCCUUUCACCGUGAGUGUCUGAACAUUGACAUGCCCCAGGGAAGCUGGUUCUGUAAUGACUGUCGAGCGGGAAAGAAACCCCACUACAAGGACAUUCUGUGGGUCAAAGUGGGCCGCUACAGGUGGUGGCCCGCUGAAGUGACUCAACCAAAAAACGUUCCUGAGAACAUCUACCGCUUGAGGCAUGAGGUGGGGGAGUUUCCUGUGCACUUCUUUGGCUCCAAAGACUACGUGUGGACAUAUCAGGCUCGCUGUUUUCCCUACAUGGAAGGGGAUGCCAACAAUAAGGAAAAAAUGGGAAAGGGUGCAGAUGCCAUCUAUAAGAAAGCUUUAAAUGAAGCAGCCGAAAGAUUCAGGGAACUGCUGGCGGAGAAGGAGAUGAGACAGCUUCAAGAAGACAGGAAGAAUGACAAGAAACCUCCGCCAUACAAACACGUAAAGGUGAACAGACCGAUAGGGAAGGUGCAAAUCAUCACAGCAGAUCUGUCUGAGAUCCCACGCUGCAACUGCAAAGUCUCAGACGAGAACCCGUGUGGCAUUGACUCGGAGUGCAUCAACCGCAUGCUAAUGUACGAGUGUCAUCCUCAAGUCUGUCCAGUAGAGGAACGCUGUCAGAACCAAUGCUUCACCAAACGCCAGUACACUGAGGUGGAGAUCUUCAGGACGCUGUCGCGUGGUUGGGGUUUACGCAGUGUGUCUGACAUCAAGAAGGGAGCUUUUGUGAAUGAGUAUGUUGGAGAGGUCAUUGACGAAGAGGAGUGUCGAGCCAGGAUCAAACACGCACAGGAAAACAACAUCUGUAACUUCUACAUGCUCACACUGGAUAAGGAUCGGAUAAUAGAUGCCGGGCCGAAGGGAAACCAGUCGCGUUUUAUGAACCACAGCUGCCAGCCGAACUGUGAGACACAGAAGUGGACGGUGAAUGGAGACACCAGAGUCGGGCUUUUUGCAUUAGAGGACAUUCCUACAGGUGUUGAACUCACUUUUAACUAUAACUUGGAGUGUCUUGGUAAUGGGAAGACGGUGUGUAAAUGUGGAGCGCCCAACUGCAGCGGAUUCCUUGGUGUCAGACCAAAGAAUCAGCCCUCAUCUGAAGACAAGGUGCGGAAACUGAAGAAGAAGGUUGCUGUGAAGCGUAAGAACCAGUUAGAGGUCACCAAGGAGCGGGAGGAUGAAUGUUUCUGCUGUGGUGAUGGAGGACCAAUUGUGUCUUGUAAGAAGCUCGGCUGCCCCAAGGUCUAUCAUGCCGACUGUCUGAAUCUGUCCAAGAGACCUGCAGGCCGCUGGGAGUGUCCGUGGCAUCAGUGUAAUGAGUGCGGAAGGGAGGCAGCAUCCUACUGCGAGAUGUGUCCCAACUCCUACUGCAAACAGCACCGCGAGGGAAUGCUGUUCAUAUCCAAACUGGACGGCAAGCUGUCCUGCAGCGAACACGACCCAUGCGGCCCCGAUCCUCUGGAACCGGGUGAAAUUCGAGAGUACGUGCCCGGUACACCUAUCCUACCCCCUCUGCCCAAUAUGUCAGUGUCAGGCAGAAUACCUCUGCCUGCCCUACCGCCUGCUGCUCCGCUCUUCAUUCCCGCCCCCAACAGACCCGUGUUCCAAGCCCAAAGACACCCGUAUGCAGACGAGGUGGUGGACAACGUGGUUUUGCCACCCUCUUCUCUUUCUAAGGACAUCAAGGAGGAAGAUAUGAGUGAUGAAGGUGAGGUGGUGGAAGGGGUGAUUGGGGAUGAAGGAGAAGAAGAAGGCCUUGAGGUUGUGGAUGAUGAUGAAGAAAUGGACUACGGAGGGAUGGGAUUCGAGGAUGAGGAGGAAGAAAAGGUGGACCGUGGCGAGGACUGGGGAGAUGAAUUUGUGGAUGAUGACUUCGAAGACACUGAGGAUUUAGGGGAAGUGGAGGAGGAAGACCAGGAAUCAUCAUAUGAGUUUGUCGAAGGAGAAAAGUGAGCUCUCCUGCAUUAUUGCUUGACGUCUAUCUCUCGCACAAAAACUCUCGGUCUGAUGGGCACAGCCAGGUGACCUGUAGGGAAAGUCAACUGCCAUUUUUCCGGUCGAUGCUCAGCUGAAUGCAAAACAAUUUUUGAGAAUGAUGGACGUGUGCAACAUUCUUAAGUUGAUGACGGUAUCAGCUUGCCUUCUCAACCCAAGUCCUCUUUGAAAAGUCCAUAAAGAGGGUUGGACCUGGUGCUGUGGGACUGUGAUUUUUUUUUGGUAUAUAAUUAGUGUCUGGUGCUCUUUUGUGUUUUUUGUUUUUUUUCCUCCUCAACGUGUUUACAUUCUCCGAUCUAAACCGAAAGAUGACCUCACGGAGAGUUAAAAUGGGGCACCACAAACCAUACAGUUGUGUCUUACUUACGAACUCUGCAUAGAUUUUGAUUACACUUCAUUGACAGAGGAAAGAGAACGCAACAAAGCAGCAGAUAACUAAUGUUCAGUCCCUUCACCGGGUGAUUGCAAUGACAUUGCCACAUCAUUAGGCCAAAAAUAGCUUGAAGCUCCACGGGUCACGGUACUUGAAAUGAUUUCUUCAGGUCUGUCUGUUAGUAUCACAGAGUGGUUACAUGAAAAUGAAUAAAAGGAGUCCUCGUACAUAUUUUUCAGCUGAUUUGUGAAUAAAAAAAGAAAACGAGUGCUACUAUCAAAAAGGACAAGAAAGUAUGACAUUCCAGCAUCAUCCUGCUUGAUUUCAAACAUGCUCUUUUUUGUUGCAUUUGUGUUUCUGUCAUUUUACUUCACUUCUAUGUCAAGGCAAUAUGUCAAGACUAAAGAAACUUAGUAGUUUUAAGGUUUUGUAAAGUCUAGCUGCUUGGCUACAUGCUUGUGGCCUUUGAGUCUUGAGAGCUUUUAGGAAAGAUGAGUUUGUACUUCUUAGAUAAGAUGGAUGUUGCAUAAGGCCUUUUUGUACUUUCCCUAGAUAUUUAAAUUCAACCACCAUCUCAGAAUACUGUUAAAAAAUCUCCAGAUGCCUCAUUGCAGUAACCAUUCAGAAUAUCAGAGAAAUUCCCUCCACCCAACGUUGUGUUACAAAUCUGCAGGUUAUGUUUUCCUAUGAGCAGGUUAACUUUAAAAGGUGCCUCUGAAUGUUUUGCACUCUUUCAGAGAUCAGGAGAAAUUUCAAGAAAUUUUAAAGUGUCAUUUAUAUUCAUGAUGCCCAUAACUUUUUGCCAUUGAUUGAUUCCACUCUGUUCAUUCAACAUACUCUGUAGAUCUGCCUGAUGAAACUUAUGGCAGUUCAUUAUGGCUUUAUUGACUCAAGUGAUCAUGUUUGCAUUUAAUAUUUAAGGGAUGCAGAUGACCCCUUAAAAAUGCAUAU